GUACAGUGUUGAGAAAGGUCAGUUUCUGUGUACCUUCAGCAAACUAAAAAAUACCUCAUCCCUUGAUUACUUCGGACAGAUAAACUCUUUCCAACACUACUGCUUUGACGCUUUGACUGCUGGCCAUGCGAAUUGGUAUGGUAAAUACGGAAAAAAUGGACAUAGGAGCUUAUAAAUUGAGUGAAUACAUCCCCGCCAAGCCGCUGGUCGGUAAUCUGGAGGUGUGCUUUACGGACGGAGAGCAGAGACACACUGAAACCUGCGGUCAACUUAAAUGCGGCGAUAUUUUGAAGUUCCCAUUCGCCCGCACUGAUUUCCAGCCAAGUUCAGUGGAGAUAAAGGAGAGCAAGGUGCUCGUGGCUGCUGAUAAGGCCACAGAGACGAAACGCGUGGUGGAGCUGACUCUGGAGUCCACGUUCGACUACCAGCCUGGGGACACCAUUGGAAUUUUGCCUACUAAUAAACUCGAACAAGUGGAAAGUAUGCUCAAUCGGCUGGAACUGUUAGACCAGGCCGACACCACUUGCCACCUAAAGUUGGUGUUCAACUGCUCCAAUAAGAAUGCUAAGCUACCCGCCCACAUUCCAGCAACUACUACUCCCCGGGAGAUCCUUACCCACUGCCUGUCCCUAAACUUUGCUCCGCAGAAGCAGCUUCUCAGCGCUCUGGCCGGAUUUACAAGCGAUGACAAAGAACGUUGUUUCCUGUCCUGUCUGUCCUCUAAACAGGCCACAGAGUACUACCAAUCUCUGAUCUUAGAGCAAGGCCUGCUUUUCAUAGACAUUCUUGAACUGUGCGUCAACUGCAGGCCACCACUGGCCUUCCUGGCAGAGCACUUGCCACGGCUGCUGCCACGACCGUACUCCAUUGCCAACAGUCCUUUGGAGGCUGGUAAUCGCGAACUUCGCGUUAUCUACUCGCUGCUCAGCCUCAAACCUGGAGUCACAACCAGCAUGUUGGAGGCGGCUACACAGGAAAGCAGCCCAGAGCAUACCAAAAAGGUGGUUAUCUACCCACGAAUAAGCAACCUAUUCCGUUACACAGAGCGGGAUGUGGGCAGAAACCAAAUACUUAUUGCUGUUGGCACAGGUCUGGCGCCUUUUCUUGGAUUCUUAGCCCACAAGGAAGAGCUUUUAAAACAGCAGCCGCAACAGGCAAGCGGACAAACCUGGCUUUACAUUGGUGCCAAGACCCAAGAAGCCGUUCUUAAGCGUGAAAAAAUAAUGGCCUGGCAGGAAUCCUCGUUGCUCGAGCGCCUACGGAUGUGUUACUCGCGAGGCGAGUCCCCUAGCUACGUGCAACAAAUGUUGGAGGAGGACUGUGAGGAUCUUGUCGAGUUCCUGAUGAAGUCAGAGACUGUGUUGUACAUUUGUGCCGAUGGCGCCAAAAUUUCGCGGUCCAUUGCAAGUGGCUUAUGUCGGUGCCUGCAGAAGGCUAUGCAUCUCACGGAGGAAGAAGCUUCGCAGUUGCUAAAUACACUGAGGAAGCAGGGCAAAUACCGCGAGGAUGUUUGGCUGUAAUGGACAGACAAGUCUAAGGUGCAGUCAAAAUAAAAGCUUCACUAAUUAAGUCCUAUAAAUACCUUAAUAUAUUAGUAAUUUGUGUUAUUUUUAGUGUUUGUUGUUUUUUACGUACGGUUAAAAUCGAUUAUUUUAACAAUUGAAAAUAAGUGUAGCAAAAAAACCACUUCCACCUGCACAUUUGAGUAACUAAUAUAUGCAAGUAUUGGCACUCAGAUGUUUGUAAUUCAAUUGCUAUUAUUUUGACUGCAGCCUUAAUGUAAAUAAUUAUAAAACAGAAAGCUUUGGUCGAAUAAGUAAAUAACGAUAUAUUUAACAACACAAAAUAAAAAUUACAGUGCAAGGUAAACUAAAUACAUACAAUUGUGAGGGCCAUCUUCAAUGAUCGAAGUGGAUGUGGACUACGAGUACAAAAUGGAUUUGGGUCUGUGUAUAAGGUUGACUUAAGUGGUAAAUUGCAAAAUAAAUCUAAAUAAUGGUAGAAUAUAGAUUACGACUUAGGUUUCAAGCAAACUAAACGUGCGCACAUAAAACAUAAAACGUAUAGUGGGGUUUGCUCUUUGAAUUUAAGCGAUUGGUAAAGCGCUAAUGUAUCGUUAUUGUUUCUCCGCUUCUCUAAAUAUCUAGAUCUUUUUAUUUAUUAUACUGUUUACGUUUAUUUUGGCAAGUCGUGUUGACCUUGCACAAUAAUAUGCAUUUUGUAUUUUAUCUACGUUUAAGUUUAAUUGAAAUAGAGCCAAUUCUUUUAGUGUAUACUAAUAUAAUUACGAAUCGAUCAAAAUUGAUGUCAGCUUCUUCUUUCUCCUAUUCGUCCCUUUACAUUUGCAAUAAAAGUUGCGUAUAAAAAAUUA